AUGUCGAAAUCCCUUCAAGUGGCGGUGAUCGGAGCCGGCGUCGCCGGACUUGCUUCUGCCCGCGAGCUAAAAAGAGAAGGCCACCGCGUUGUGGUGUAUGAAAAAUCAGACCAGCUUGGUGGAACAUGGGUUUACGAUCCCCGAGUCGAGUCUGACCCGCUCGGCCUUGAUCCCAACAGAGAAAUUGUACAUGGAAGUCUUUAUUCUUCUCUCUGCACUAAUUUACCCAGACAACUUAUGGGGUUUUCAGAUUAUCCGUUUGAGAUUAAGAAAAAUGGAGAAAUAAGGACUUUUCCCAGUCAUGAAGAGGUGCUCCAGUUUCUGAACGAGUUUGCCAGGGACUUUGGACUCGUUGAAUUGAUACGGUUCAAUACUGAAGUUGUCCGAGUUCAACGAGUCGAUUCCAGAAAUGAUCUGUGGAUGGUUAAGUCAACGAUGAGUGGGCUGAUUCAGGAGGAGACGUUUGAUGCUGUUGUCGUGUGUAAUGGCCACCACACUCAGCCAAGAAUCGCCAAUAUACCAGGCAUCGAGAAAUGGCCCGGGAAACAAAUUCAUAGCCACAACUAUCGAGUUCCUGAACCAUUCCAAGACCAAGUUGUGGUCGUGAUUGGAGACAGCGCUAGUGCACAUGAUAUCUCUGGAGAAAUUGCAAAGGUAGCUAAAGAGGUUCACCUUUCAUCAAGAUCCCCUGGAGUUAAAGUUUCAAAUUAUGACAAUGUUGGGCAGCAUUCAAAGAUUGAAUGUGUUUUUGACAAUGGAGAGGUUGCUUUCGAGGAUGGUUCGUCUGUCCGUGCCGAUAUUAUUUUUCACUGUACAGGGUACAAGUUUAAUUUUCCAUUCCUAGAAACAAAUGGAAUUGUAAGUGUGGAUGAUAACAGGGUUGGACCCCUUUACAAGCAUGUUUUUCCUCCAAAGCUAGCUCCCUCCCUCUCUUUCGUUGGAAUACCUUAUUGGGUGCUUGUAUUUCAUAUGAUGGAAUUCCAAGCCAGGUGGGUGGCACGUGUUUUAUCCGGUAAGGUGCUUCUACCAUCGGAAAAGGAGAUGCUCACUGACAUCGAAAAGCAUUACCAACGUAUGGAGGAAGUCGGCAAACCCAAACACCACACUCACAGCCUACAUUCUGAUGAGUUUGAGUACCUAGACUGGCUAGCUGCAGAAACGGGAGAAGCAAAAGUGGAUGAGGGGCUCAAAAAGAAAUACAGGACAAUUUACAAAGUACUUGCCAAAUUUCUUGCUGAUAGAGGGCGGCUUAAUUUUAAAGAAUUGGUGGUGGAAACUGGUGUCUUUGAGAAGUAG